UUCUUGUCCUGAGAGAAGGUUCAGAGAAAGGAGAUUAUAACAUUGACAAUUGCAUUUUAGAAAGGCCUUAAGUAUCAUUUACAGUCUCCUCUGGUGCAAAUUUUGUGUGAUUCAGAAUCAAUGAACAGGUCAUUUCCUCUCUUAUGUUCCAAAGGACUGUUGAUGGGUUUUGUAUCGGGAAGAUGCGUUGUUAUAGGUGUGAUACUGCAUAUGGCAACAGCCUCUUUUUUGUUCAGUAUCUGCUCAGCAAAGGAUCCUCCUGUUCUUUAUAUAUUUGGAGAUUCACUGGUUGAUGCAGGAAACAACUUCUACAUUAAUACAGCAGCAAAAGCAAAUUUUCCUAAUGGGAUUGAUUUUGGGAAUCCAAUAGGAAUUCCAUCUGGACGAUUUACAAAUGGUAGAAUGGUAACUGAUAUCUUAGGAGAAGAAGUAGGGUUGACUAGUUUAACUCCUCCUUACUUGGCUCCGACAACCACUGGAGAUGCGAUCCUGAAGGGUGUCAAUUAUGCUUCUUCAGCAUCGGGAAUUUUGAAUGAUACUGAAAGGUUCUUCGGUCAUCAAAUCCACUUGGACGCACAAAUCAGCAACUUUGUAAAGACUAGACAAGACAUCAUCUCAAGAAUCGGUUCACAAGCAGCUAAAGAGCAGUUUAAACAGGCCAUCUUUUUUGUUUCAAUUGGCUCAAAUGAUAUCAUAUUUAGCCAGUGGCAGAAUUCAUCAUCUUGGAAUACAUUACUUGACACUAUAAUUUCAAGAUUCAAAUCACAACUUGUUAGAUUCUACAAUCUGGAUGCCAGAAAGUUUAUAGUUACAAAUUCUGCUGCUGUUGGAUGCAUCCCUUUUGUUAGAGAUCUACAUUCAUCUGUAGAUAGCUGUGUUGCUGUCAUGAAUCAGAAAGCACAGUUAUUCAAUAGCCGAUUGAAUAGCCUGCUAGCGGAACUCCCCAAAAAUCUCGAGGCAUCAACUUUUAUUUGUGCAAACGUUUAUGCAAUGCUAGAUGAUAUUCUCAGUAACUACAUGACAUCAUAUGGCUUUGAAGUUGCAGAUUCGGCGUGCUGUCAUGUUGCUGGAGCUGGACUACAUGGGGGUUUAAUUCCAUGCGGAAUUCUAUCUCAAGUUUGUCCCGACAGAUCCAAGUAUGUGUUCUGGGAUCCAUUCCAUCUAACCGAAACUUCUUACGAAAUCAUAGCGAAACAUAUGAUGGAUGGUGACUUGAAUUAUAUUUCACCUAUGAACAUCAGGCAGCUUCUGAAUUAUUGAACUGUUUGCUGCAAUAA